AUGGAAGGGUCGUUUCUACUCGGUCGGCGGAGGUCCGGGCGCCCUCCGGGGCGAGCGCCGACCCGCGGCUUCCUGGAGGCGAGAGCCGGUGCAACACGAGACCCCGUCGGAGCCCACAGGCGGGCGCGGGCCGCCGCCCCCACGCGGGCGCGCCGCGUCCCCUCGUCGCUGUCUCCGCCUGCCGCCGUGCGGGACCCCGUGGCUGCGGAGCUGACGGCGCAGCUCUGGGCGGUCUCCCGGGAGGCGGCGCCCCCGCCCCGUCAGGGGCAGCGGCACAACCGCGCGCACCAGCGAAUAAUCGCCGCCCCUGACAUCUCCGCUGACACCCUCUGGCCCAGGGGCGGGGCAGGGAUCCCCGACCCUCGGAGGGCGCAGUGCCCUAGCCCAGCCGCAUCGGGCAGCUCUGUCCCCACAACCCCCUUGCCAGCCCGGAGCGGCCCCGAGUCCCCGCGCGUCGGGCGCGCUCGCCGCGGCCGAGGAACUUUGGCGCGCACGCCCCCACCCGGACGGCGCCAACGACUCACCUGCCCCUCGGGCCAAUCCGGGUGCCCCGGCCGCCGCCCUCCGGCCGCCCCUGACCCCUCCGCGGGCAAGUCCUCGGGGCGCCCCCACUCCCUUCCCCGGGCAGUGUCCUUCGGCUCUACUGGGGUCUGGGGCCGGCGUGGGCGCCCCCGGCCCCCACGUCCUCCUAGCUCGGAGCUGCUGGGGGUGGCCGGGGGCGGAGGGCUGAGGCUCGGGGCUCUCUCGCCCCCACCCCGCGCGCCUCCUUUAUUUUAUGAUCAUUGUGAGCGUGCUGUCGCCGCUCAGCCCCGCCGCCGCGCCGCAGCCGCCUGGCGCGCCCCGCGCUGCCUCGCUCUGCUGCAGCAUCGGAAAGGCAACCAGGUCAAACUUUGCAGAAACUCAGCCCCUGCGCCGGCCUGGCCCCGCGUCUGCCCGCAGCAGCCGGCCGGAGCGCAGCGCACGCAGGCACCGCCGCCCGCUCGCCGGCCCCGCGGGGAUGCAGGUCCGCAGGCGGCGGCGGCGGCGGCGGCGGGCGCCGCCUCCUCCUCACCGCCCGCCCAGCUCUCCACCCUCGCUCCCUGCACGCCGCCCGCCCUGCCCCUGGCACAGCACCCUUGCUGGCUGGGACCAGCCCCUCCAAGCCGGGAUGGAACUGACAGUAGAAAGCCCUGUCUCUGCCCUUCUUCCUGCUCAGCAUUUUCUGGAGCUCUGUGGGUGCUGGGCACAGACCCACGGCUGUCUCAGCAUAUGUGGAAGGCCCGGGAUCCAUCCACACGAGUGUGAAAUGCUGGCGUCUGCAGAACAGAGGAAGGGGACAUCUGCUUGAGACGUGCCCAAUGCCACGGGGACGCUCACAAUGCCCCCCUGGACCCGUUCCCCUCCCCCAGUCCACAGUCUCCCCAGGCUCCUCUGCCAUGAUGUCACCAGUGUAUGGGAAAGAGAGGGGUCAGGGUGCACAGUCCCACCCCUUCCCAGAGAUGAACUCCUUGCUGUGGCAACUUGGGACUCAAAGUGUUGUCGGUGGGCGGACAAGGUCACUCAACUCCUGGCGAUUUUUUCCCCAUCGUUGACUGGACACCUGUGCUGUGCUGAGUGCUCAGAAGACACUGGGGAACCCAGCCAGGGCCAGGACAGAUGACAGGCGUGGUCGCCAUGGCACUUACCUCCCUGUGGGCCAGAAAGACGUCAGGGGAUAACUCCAGGAAUGAUGAAUAGAGAGGAGGAGCUGAGGCCCAGCGGCGCCCCAAGUUCAGGCAACAGUCGCUGAAGUGUGCAUGGAUGGAGCCCCGCUCACCUGACUGCCCCUCCGCGCUCCCACCCCACCCAGCAUCAUGGGGGCGAGUCCCGCGUGGGACACGGGAGGACGCUGUCGCCGUGCCUACCAGGCUUCUCCGGCCAGGACUCAAGCCCCUGCGGCCCCCACCCGCCCUGCAGCAGCCUGGAAGGACGGAGGCGGGUGGACAGGCUGGGUGCGGCCAGGAUCGGGUGCGGCACUGGGAGUUCUCCAAGGUGCUAAAAUAAACCCAGCGAAGGAUCAGGUUUCCCAACC